AUGCCGUACUUUGUGCAAGGGAGUGCGCGAACGUACGUCGCGGUAGCCACCAGCGGGACCGGAACACCGGCCUCUACUGCUGGCUCUCCGGUAAGUCUUGACUUGGGACCACGUUCGUGGCAUGCGUAUCGGGGACAGAACGGGGAAGACAACUGCCCCGUCCACCGACGAAAUGAAGCAGGUGCAGUUUGUUCAGAGCAGUCAGCGCCAACGCAUGCAACGGACGCGGUUCCUGAUUCUAUUUGGAGUCGUCUGCUAUGGAAAGCGCCAACCACAGCGACAAGACGUCGCACAGGCGAGGAAACUAGCGGAAGCGUAUUCGGAGCGUUCCUCGCAAGCGGAAGCGACCAGCGAACACCGUGGCAGUCCGCAGCGGCACUGGCACUAUUUUCUGAAACGUUGCUGCUGGUUGCCAGCACCGAUGCAAUGUCCAUCUGGCUCGCUGAGCGCAUACUUCAGCCGGUUAGCCACUUUACGGAUCAAGAAUUACAACUUUCACGAUAUGGUCGAAUUCGACAGGCUCUGUGGGGCCCAUCGUGCCCAUCUCGGCUCUCUGGAAUCGGCCUUAGUGCCAGUGUUGCACUGCUCACGGAGAAGGGCAUUGUGCUGCUGCUGACCCUGUCGGCGAAGGACGCCCCAGCGAGCCCCGAGGAAGCACUGCGCCCAUGGUGGAAACUCGCUGACGACGACGCAGCUGUAGAGGUAGACGAUUGGCGUCCAGAUAAAGCUGACGGGGGUGCUAUCAGCGGCAUCCAGCCAAGUGCCGAGGCGCGGAACACGUCACAGGCGCAGCCUCUGGACGAGUCCCUGCACACUGAUCAUAUUCGGUGCACUUGGACGCUUGCUUUGGAACAUGUCGCAUCGGUGGCAUUGUCGGUUGCCAAGGAGGACGCCUCUUUGACGUCACAUGCACUAGCGAUGACAGCAUGUCCAGCGGGGGUGAUCGUAGCCAGCGCAAGCGGCUGGGUCGAGUGCAUCAGCUGGAACGCGAGCACCAUAUGGAAGGUCGAAAUCUUUGGGGAGACCCUCACAGACGAGCAGCUACUCCUCGAGGAUAUUUCCAUUUCCUCCAGAGAGGUACACGUGCACUACGAUCAACAGCUGCGUUUAGGAGUCCUGUGUUUCCAGCAACAAUGGUUGGUGCUCCUCCAGCUCGAUUGUGGAGGAUACUGUCGACCACAUUGUGCAGCCCCGAGCGUUCGUUUCUAUCGAUAUCCUGGUUUAUGUUGCGUCGCCUUGGAGCCGCGGCACGGACUCGUUGGCUUAGGCAUGGCAGACGGCAGUGUUCGUGUGCACCACCUGGAGUCCAUGGCGCUCGAGUCGGUUUGCUCGGGCGCUCCGGGGCAGCAGCACGCUGCCCAAGUCACUCGACGCGUCAGGUCACUUUCCUGGGCCCCAGACGGUGAGGCUUUCGCACUCGCCUGGGAUGAGCGAGGCCUGGCGAUAUGGAGUCGCCACGGCUGUCGACUGUUCAGCUCCAGCAGCUGGAUAGGACCGCAGUCGCAGUCGCAGUCGCAGAAACGCCUGUCUGCAGUUGCGGUUCCCGCUACUCCCGAGCAGGACCCGCUACGUGUCCGUUCAGUGCACUGGCAUCCUACAGGAUUAUCGAUUUUUGUACAGUUUGCAGGAGAGGCUCCGAACGCGAACGCAGCGCUCUUUGGCGUACUUCCUCUGCUGCGCCUGACGGGAGAGUUUGGAGGCUCCAGUGUCUGGGAAGGUAACCGCAUCUAUCCAACCGCAUGUGCUGUCACGGACGAUGCGGUGGGUAUCGUCUCUAUCCAGCGGGAGUGUGCAGAUUACCGAACCUUAGGUGCACAGGUCGCACAACUAUUGCUCCAACAGUGCGCUGAAGGUGUUGUGCAUGGGCGUCGCUCCACGGCUACCGGGUGGCACUGGAUGACGCUUGACGAAGCGUAUUUGCGACGAGCCUGGCCGAUUCGCCAUGUUGCCUGGCAGGCUGCGUCAUCGUUUCUCGCGGUUUCUGGAACAAGUGGGGUAGCGCUCUGGAACCCUCAGCGUCGACGCUGGCGCUGGACGGAGCCAACUGUACGCGGUGCAGCGGGCAUCUGCAUCGGCCUCGCUUGGCUGGGGCCGUUCCUGCUAACAAUUUGGCGAGAAGAUGCACCCUAUGAGCUUCUCAAAGAAGAACGUUUCAGGUACUAUGCACCUACUAACGUGCUUGCGCAAAUCGAUGAUGCCGACUCGAGAAUGUCGGCACGGAAGACGAGUUCUUAUACGCUUCGUGUUUUCCAUCGCAGUAAGCUAGGUGAAGAGCGGUUAUCGAAACCGCUGCGUUUCCGCCACCGUCCUUUGAAGAUUGAUGUCCUAGAGUCCGGAAUCGUAUGGGUAUACAAUAGCGACUCUGUGAUGCGAGUCUACAGGUUCAGCUGGGAGCAGCGGCGGCCUUGGAGCAGUUCCGUAGACUGGCGCUUUGUCCAUUCUCUGCCUCUUCGUGUGGACUACGGCAUCCAGCAGACCAGUGUUGACGGAGAGUGGCUCGAAUCCUUUCGAGUGCUACCUUCACGGGUCCUGUCGCAGGGCGGAGAAACAGAGCACGCUUUUCUGCUUCCAUUCGGUGCAUGGCCUGGCUCGAUUCUGCUGAGUAAGCCUCACAGAGCGGCUACAGAAACCGCAGAAUCGCUGGCGAGCUCGCGAGCUGACCAGCCGUUUUCGACGCAGCAUUCGCCACCGUCUGCUGACUCGGGCAGCAUGACGAGUCCUUUGGACGCGAGUCGCGAACACAGCGCACUGUCUCAGGCUCCGGACGGCAUUCCCCGAAGCAUGCUCCUAGUCCUAGGCAGUCGUGGGACACUGUUUAUUGUGGAUCCCCUGACCCAAGCAGAGGACGUGCUUGCGAGCGCGGUCAUCCGUUACUGGUUCACCGCUGACUUGCGGAAACGACACUCGGUGCCUCAGCCUGCGCUUUGGGUCAGCACAGCAAACGGAGUCUAUGCCAUGAGCAGCGCACGUUUCACACUGCGACAUUGCAUCGAGUUUGAUGCGGAAACCUUUCUAUGUGGUAUGAUGAGCUCCAUCGAUGCCCUGGUCGGGGUCACGGCAACUCGUGUGCGCUACUGGGACCUUGCCGACCUUGACGGGCAACCGUUUCUCUACGAGGCAUCCCUGAAAGCGUGGCCCGUACUCCCGAUGAUCCUGAAAUUGCUGUUAGAAGAUGGUGCUGACGAUCUCGGCGUCACACACGUUGCUUUGCGAAACGCCCAGCAGCCGCAGUUCAUGGAUGCGCUGGAAUGGCUCCUGUAUCGCACAGCAGUAGCGGAGUCGAAACCAAAAGGGGACGACCAAGAACAGCUUUCCCUGCGUGUCGUGCGUAUGCUUCGCAAGUUCGGUGAAUACGAGGACAUUGUGGUGCACUGCGCUCGCAAAACCGAGGCAUACAAGUGGCCGUCGCUUUUUGCGCUGGUUGGCGAACCCACUGCCCUUCUUGAACAGUGCUUCCUUAGUGGCCGCCUGCGUACGGCAGCUUGUCUGCUCAUUGUGCUUCAGGAGCUUCACGGAUUGCAAGCGAGUGCCUUUCAAGCGCUGCGACUGUUCCAGGCUGCAUUGAGUUGUGAGGAUGACGCACUCGCCAGGGAACUGAUGGGUUACCUGGCUAGGAUAUCCGCUGAUGAAGUCAUGUCAUCCGGGAGUUGUUCCGCUCGCGAACAUGCCUCAGCACACAUUCCGCAAGGCGGAGCUGCCCGUUCCGAGAAACGAGACCACACCGCAGGGCAGAGCGCCUCGCGUGCUGGGAAAGUCUCCGGUCAACUCGUAGAAUCGGGAGUGGAUCACCAGUUUUUCCGAAUGGCGGAAACGUCGUUGUUUACGUACGCAACGGAACUGCUCUGGCGAUUCGAGCUCUAUCGGCUGUGUGUGCUUGCUGAGCGGUUGGGUUUCUCGCUGACCGAGUGGUUGCGUCGCAACUCCACCAGUCACCGGGAGUUUCGCGACUUGUACCUGGGUAUCACUUCAGCACGGCAACAGUUCCGGGUUGGUACGCCAUCAUCAGCAGCCGUCCAGCGCGCCAUACUGGAUAUCCAGCAUGCACGAGAAAAGCAACAUGUCCUGUUAUCGGAACUCGAGGCGACCCGGCGAAGACUGCAAGCUCUCAACCCGAGUCUGGAACAUGCAGCCAAGAACGUGCAGAAAACUGCCGCUGCUGUUGAUCAUUGUAGGAAUGAUCGCGAUGACCAUGGAAAUGAUGUUGGCACUGGCACUGAUCACACCACUGGUAUGCGUUGUCGCCAUGACUUUGCCGCUGACGCAGCAACUGCCUUGGCGAUAAGCAUUCCAUCGCUGAUCUACCUGAAACGACUCGCGCAGGCCGCGUACGACGUGGACUAUCCCAGUCUCGGGCUCAUUCUUGAUACUCUUUUGCUGCAUGGGCAGCGAAUUUACCUGGUACUCCAAAGCCAUCCUCAUUACCAGGAGCCAUACCUGCUUGCACUGCGCAAGUUUGAUGAACCAAGUAUGAGCGCAUUGCUAGGGGCGCUUCAGCAAGCGCUCUAG